AGUCCAACAUAUUUCUCUCAAAUGGCAAAUAUAGUACUUCUGUUAGUUCCUAUAUUCCUAAUCUUCAAUAUCAUCUCCCUCCCUCUCCCUGCACGUGCCAUAUCCUCCUGCAAUGGCCCAUGCAAAACCCUCAACGACUGCAACGGCCAGCUGAUUUGUAUCAACGGCAAGUGCAACGACGACCCCGACGUUGGCACCCACAUAUGCUCUGGAGGUGGAGGUGGAGGUGGCUCUUCACCAUCUCCAAGCCAAAACUGCAAGUCCUCUGGUACCCUUACGUGCGGAGGCAACUCAUACCCUCAGUACAGAUGCUCACCCCCAUUGACGUCCUCCACGCAAGCCCGUCUCACACUCAACGAUUUUAGUGAAGGUGGAGACGGUGGUGGCCCAUCAGAGUGUGACGAAAAGUACCACAAUAACUCAGAAAGAGUGGUGGCCUUAUCAACAGGGUGGUAUAACCAUGGGUCGCGGUGUGGGAAGAUGAUAAGGAUUACGGCUAGCAAUGGGAGGAGUGUGACGGCUAAGGUGGUGGAUGAGUGUGACUCUGUGAAUGGGUGUGAUGCUGAGCAUGCAGGUCAGCCACCAUGCAAGAAUAACAUUGUUGAUGGGUCUAGUGCUGUUUGGAAUGCCUUGGGUUUGAAUCAAGAUCUGGGUAACGUGGGAGUUACUUGGUCCAUGGCUUAGCUAGUUGGCUACGUACCGUACGUGGGCUUAAAGAAGGACCAAAGGCGGCACGUCACUCUAGUUUUUGAAUUGAAUAAUAUUAUGUAAUAAUAGGCCUUUGGUCAGCUGGUAAUCCCUCAGUUGCUUGAUAAUAGUGUAAUAUUAUCAAAAUAAGUUUGAUUCACUUCUUGUGCAU